GGUUUUUCCUGGAUUCCAGGAUAAAGUCACUGUUCAGCCCCUCCGAGGCCGAUCUGCGCAGUCCACGACCCCAGCACCAUGCCCAUGAUACUGGGUUACUGGGACGUCCGCGGGCUGACUCACCCCAUCCGCCUGCUGCUGGAAUACACAGACACAAGUUAUGAUGAAAAGAGAUACAGUUUAGGGCCCGCUCCUGACUAUGACAGAAGCCAGUGGCUGAGUGAGAAGUUCAAGCUGGGCCUGGACUUUCCCAAUCUGCCCUACUUGAUUGAUGGAGCUCACAAGAUCACCCAGAGCAAUGCCAUUCUUCGCUACAUUGCCCGCAAGCACAACCUGUGUGGGGAGACAGAGGAGGAGAAGAUUCGUGUGGACAUGAUGGAGAAUCAGGUCACAGAUAUCCGUACACAGUUCAUCAUGCUCUGCUACAACUCAGACUUUAAAAAGAUGAAGCCAGAGUACUUGCAAGGCCUCCCUGACAAAUUGAAGCUCUUCUCACAGUUCCUGGGAAAACGUCCAUGGUUUGCAGGGGACAAGAUCACCUUUGUGGAUUUCCUGGCUUAUGAUAUUUUUGACCAGCAACGUAUGUUUGAGCCCAAGUGCCUGGAUGCGUUCCCAAACCUGAAGGACUUCAUGUCCCGAUUUGAGGGUCUGAAGAAGAUCUCUGCCUACAUGAAGAGCAGCCGCUUCCUCCCAAGACCUGUAUUUUCAAAGUUGGCCCAGUGGUUGGAGUAAUAGAACUCUGCAGCGCUCGGAGCAAAGGAAGACCUGUUGGAGCCUAGGCCUUGGGCCCAGCUUGGCUCCCUGUAGUGUUACCCAGGUCUUCCCACUGCUUUUUUCUACUCCCUUCUCUUCUCCAAGGCCUUACUGGCUGUCUUUUCUUCUACUUAGCCACUUCCAGAAAAGCUUCUGUAAACACACUAUCCUACUCUCCCAUUCCUUUCUUCUUCUUUCUCAUUUGACUGCUAAAUCCAAGCAUACACAGCCCCCAGCACUCCCUGAAAGAGCAACAUCGCCUUGUGGGCAGACGCUGUGCCACUGGGGAAUGAAUACCCAGUUAUAUCUGUCCUCAAUAAAGCUUGAAACUGUGCUGUG